CACUAUGCUUUAUUUUUAAGUUAACGGCAACACUGAUGGCUACACUCUUCAAUAAAAUUUCUCAACCACAGUUUUAGAUUACUCAUAAGCAAGAAGCAGUUAGUUCACGUAAUGAAUAACAGUAAUGCCUAUACUGAAACGGAAACAGACACCGCUAUUUCGAGGUUUCGAACAAGUGAAGACGGGGUCGAUGCAGCCAGCUUAAAUUCCCCUGUGGUUCACAGCAUACGGACACAAUAUGCACCUUUAGUCCAGCAAUCUUUGGAUAGUACGAGCAUUACUAUUGAAGAAAACACAACACAUCAACAAGGAAACUUGGUGUUCACUAAUGAAGCAAGUAGCACGGGCAAUAUAAUGGAGCAAUACGCGCGAUUCUUAAGAGAACAAGUGGCAGGAGUAACUAGAAGCGGACUAAGCAAUUUUAUUGCCGUAACAAGAAAUAGCGAUUUAUCGCGACAAAAUGAUUCCGGGUUAGUGACACAGUCGGGUAAUUCAAAUCGAAUUCGGUCUCUUCCUGCGUCACUUGGAAAUUUGAAUAGUGUUUUAACAACUGAAGGUUUGCGAGCGUUUUCUCGUGUCGACAAUUUUGUUUCAUCUGUUCAUCCUCAUGAGGAGCCCUUAAAUAAUCAAAUGUUAACUUUAUCGGGCCGACAACCGGAAAUUGUUGCAAACGCGAUCCCAAAUCGGGCAUACCCUGCGAGACCACCAAUUUUGGUGGCAGACCAACACCUUCAUUUAUCCUCAAGUUUCCGUAAUAAUGUUACAUCGAGCAAUGUUGGUAGCAUUCUAACACCAAAUCAAUUGAAUCAACCAAUUACAAGCAGAGAUCGAUUAAACGAUGGAAGAGAUAAUUUAACAGAUCAUAGAACAACAUCCACUACCGGUACAAACCCGUUGACAGAGAAUUCAACCAGAGCGACAGAAGAGUCAGCAACGUCGACAAAUGAAUUAUAUAAUAACAUUUAUCCUGACAUAGUUAUCACAACUAUUCGUAUUUGCCUUCACUAUAUACCUUUUGCUUGUAUACUCUUCGUAAAAUUCAUUUACGAUCAUUUAUUGGGUAUAUUGGAUUUAAUAACAUUACAAUUUGUAAUGUAUUGUGUUAACAAAUCCUUACAAGCACAAGUUGUGAAACUUGAACAGAAGAAAAAUUCAAUACUUUUACGAGAUCUAUUUUUAGUUGUGUCCGUAGUUUCUCUACGACUGUCACUUGCCUCAGCUCCUUCUGAUCCGUUUGGUCUGCUAAUAGCACCAUCAUCGGAUGAAACUAAUAUCAUUCAUCAAAUAGUACUUAAUCUGCCUCAAAGUACGAAAACAGUUUCUCAAAACCAACUUACGACAACUGCGCAAAGCCCAAUUGAAACUACUGUUGUUAUACCGAAACUUAUAUCUGCAGAAGUGAUACUCUACUAUAUUGCCGUAAAUGAUCUUGUGAUUAAAUUGAUCACCAUUUCGAUAAAAGUACUCGUCACUUUAUUACCGCUACGUGCGAUACGACACAAGUCAAGGACGCGUUUGUAUGUUUUCAUUGAAUUUUUCUCUCAAUUUUACCGAUCAUUGGUGCCCAUUCAGAGUUGGUUGUUAUUCCUUUUUGCGUCUUAUUCUGGUCUACAUGCGAUUUCAGGUGUAUUGUUCUCUUCUACUUACAUUGUACUCAAAGGAUGCGAAUUGGCAGACCGUGCAAAAUCGCUAAAGAAGUCGUGUAUGAAUCUAAUGGAUAAAUCGAGAAAACCGGCAAGAGAUAACUUCGAUACUAACGACGAAAUAUGCGCCAUUUGUCAAGACACUUACGUCUCACCAGUUGUAUUAGAAUGUGGUCACAUAUUCUGUGAUAAUUGUGUAACCACAUGGUUUAAGCGCGAGCAAACAUGUCCUAUGUGCCGUGCAAAAGUGGGAGAUAACUUUGCCUGGCUUGACGGUUCCACAACUUUUUUCUAUCAGCUUUAUUAGUAGCUCGCUCACGAAGAGGUCAUAUUAUUUAAUAAUAGUAAAAUAUAUUUAAAUAUUCUAUAUUUCUUUACUUCUAGAACAUAGUGAAAUUAUUGCAUUGUUGCAUUGUCUUUGACAAAUCUUCUAAAGAUAAAGUCACAUUACGAAUUCAUUGA